AUGGCUUCGACAAAGCCUGACCUUCCUGAUCCCACUGCUGAUCUUCACUGGUCUGCAUUCCGUGGAGCUAUCCAAGAUAUAUUUGCAGCAAAUGCUGAAGCCCAUCCCGAUAGACUAUGUGUGGUCGAGCCAGCGUCUGCAUCAUCACCAAGACGAGAGUUCACUUACCGCCAAAUCAAUGAGGCUUCGAAUAUCUUGGCUCACCACUUGGUGCAGUCCGGUAUUCAACGGGGAGAAGUUGUCAUGUCUUAUAGUUAUCGAGGGGUAGACCUAGUGGUUACAGUCAUGGGGAUCCUGAAGGCUGGAGCUACAUUUUCCGUCAUCGAUCCCUCUUAUCCACCUGACCGCCAAAAUAUCUAUCUAGAUGUUGCACGACCACGAGCUCUGGUUAUUAUUGACAAAGCAACAACAGAAGCUGGCGAACUUACGGAGAAAGUCCGAACUUUCAUCAAGGAGAAUCUUGACUUGCGGACUGAGGUUCCUGGGCUGGAACUCAAAGACGACGGCACCCUUGUGGGUGGUUGCAUCAAUGGGAAAGAUGUCUUCGAAGAGCAGGCAUCGUUGAAGAGCAAAGGCCCCGGCAUCGUUGUUGGGCCUGAUUCAGUGCCAACUCUCUCUUUUACAUCAGGAUCCGAAGGACGCCCAAAAGGCGUUCGCGGUCGACAUUUUUCACUUGCUUAUUACUUCGACUGGAUGGCUGAGAGAUUCCACCUAACGAAGGAUGACAAAUUUACAAUGCUGAGUGGAAUCGCACAUGAUCCUAUUCAACGAGACAUCUUUACACCUCUUUUCUUAGGUGCACAGCUUCUAGUCCCCGCCAAGGACGAUAUCCAGCAUGAGAGAUUGGCUGAAUGGAUGCGAGAGCAUGGCGCCACCGUAACUCACUUGACACCUGCUAUGGGCCAGAUCCUGGUAGGUGGUGCCAGUGCCGAAUUCCCAAAGCUACAUCAUGCAUUCUUUGUGGGAGACAUCCUCAUCAAAAGAGACUGCAAAUCGUUGCAAAGAUUGGCACCCAAUGUCUACAUAAACAAUAUGUAUGGUACCACGGAGAGCCAGAGGGCAGUUAGUUAUUAUGAGAUCCCUAGCCGCGCUUCAGAUCCAGAGUGCCUGGAAAAGAUGGGCAACAUUAUUCCUGCUGGUAAAGGAAUGAAGGAUGUACAACUGUUGAUUGUUAACCGAGAAAACCGGAAUCACAUAUGCGAUGUUGGUGAGAUUGGGGAGAUCUACAUCAGAGCCGCUGGCCUGGCCGAAGGGUACCUUGGAAAUGAUGAGCUCACAAAGACCAAAUUCGUUGAUAGCUGGUUCGUGGAUAAUUCUAAAUGGGUCGAGGAAGACAAGAAAAUUGCCAAGUCGAUAGCCGAAGAGCCAUGGAGAGAGUUUUACAAGGGCCCAAGAGAUCGCAUGUAUAGAUCCGGAGACCUGGGACGAUAUACCCCAACCGGGGACGUUGAAUGUGUUGGUCGCGCAGAUGACCAAGUGAAAAUCCGCGGGUUCAGAAUCGAACUUGGUGAGAUUGACAAAUACCUUUCCGACCAUGAGAUGGUAUUGGAUAAUGUUACUCUCGUACGGAGGAACAAAGACGAAGAACAGACAUUGGUCAGCUACAUUGUCCCCGAUAUGCAGAAGUGGGCGACUUGGUUAGAGUUGAAUGGUUUGAAAGAUGACACCUCGGACGGUGAUGGCAUCCAAGGUCGACUGCGUCGGUUCUGGCCUCUUGGAGAAGAUGUCAAGCGAUAUUUGAAGACAAAGCUUCCAUCAUACGCCAUUCCCGAAGUCAUAAUCCCACUCGAGAAAUUCCCACUGAAUCCCAACGGCAAGAAAGACAAACCUGCACUCCCUUUCCCAGAUGCAGCACAGCUUGCAGCAGCACGUCCUGCUUCCGACUUCUCUGAAUUAUCCGCCACCGAGAAGGAAGUUGCAAGUAUCUGGGGCUCUUUGAUAUCAACAAUUGAUGAGAGAGCCAUUGGUCCGGACGACUCAUUCUUUGAUAUUGGAGGCCACAGUAUCCUGGCACAGCAAAUGCUUUUCAAGGCGAACCGAAAAUGGCCCAAGAUCCAUAUAAAUAUGAGCGUCAUUUUCCAAAACCCAACCCUCAAGAGCUUUGCUGCUCAAGUUGACAGGCGAAGCUCGUCUACCGAUGCGGCAGCAAAUGGCCAAAUAGAUACCGUCGAGGACUAUGCUGCAGAUGCUAAAGCGCUCCUGGCAAACCUACCAGCAAGCUUCCCAUCUGUGGAUUCCGCGAUUGAACCCACUACACAAAUCACAGUCUUCCUCACAGGGGCUACAGGAUUCCUAGGAUCGUACCUUCUUCGAGACCUCCUAACCCGAAGUUCACCACCGAUUAAAGUCAUUGCCCACGUCAGGGCAGUAGACCCUUCCACAGCACUCAAUCGGGUUGUACAAACAUGUCAGGCGUACGGGGUCUGGGAUCCCGCCUGGGCCUCUCGAAUUACCUGCGUGACUGGUAACCUGGGUGAACCCCGGAUGGGACUCUCGGAAACCACUUGGAAUAAACUCGCUCAAGAAGUCAACGUCGUAAUCCACAAUGGUGCUCUUGUUCACUGGGUUUAUCCAUACUCCAAUCUUAAACCUGCUAACGUCCAAGGAACACUUGAUAUUCUCGCUCUAUGUGCAACGGGAAUGCCAAAACAGUUGUCAUUUGUAUCAUCCACCUCAGUGCUUGACACUCCAUACUUUGUUAAACUUUCACAAGAGUCUGUAGCCAAAGGUGGCUGCGGUGUGUCAGAGGACGAUGAUCUAUCCGGAAGCGCCACUGGGCUUGGGACGGGAUAUGGCCAGUCCAAAUGGGUAGCCGAAUAUCUCGUCCGAGCAGCGGGUGCCCGAGGUCUCCGUGGCACAAUUGUUCGACCUGGCUAUGUUACCGGGGACAAGGCUACUGGGAUUACCAACACCGACGACUUUCUGAUCCGUAUGGCAAAGGGCUGCGUACAGCUUGGAUGCCGACCCAAAAUCGAAAACACAGUCAACGCAACUCCUGUCAACCACGUUGCGAGAGUGGUUGUUGCAUCCGCUUUGAGCCCACCAAAGACACCUCUUGGAGUAUCGCAAGUCACGAGCCACCCUCGAUUGACCUUUAGCCAAUAUUUGUCGACUUUACAGACAUACGGAUAUGAUGUUCCGGAGGUAGACUAUUCCGUGUGGAAGAAGAAGCUGGAGGAUUAUGCCACCGCUGAUGACGGGAGGGAGCAGCAUGCCUUAAUGCCACUCUACCACUUCGCUACAACCGAUCUUCCUGCGGAUACAAUCGCACCAGAAAUGUGCGAUAUCAACGCCGCCAAGGCUCUUAAAUCCGACGCGAAGUUCACUGAUGAAGACUUAUCCUCCGGAGGCUUCGUUGAUGCGGAAAUCUUGGGCAAAUAUCUUGCGUAUCUGUCUGGAAUUGGAUUCUUGCAAGCACCAAACGGAAAGGGGGAGAGGGCUUUGCCGGAUGUGAGGAUUAGUCCUGAACAGAAGGCUGCGCUGCUGAGCGUUGGAGGGAGGGGAGCGUUAGUUUAA